CGCUCCCGGGAAAGGCUCUCUUCUGGCAGGAUGAGCCCGGGAAGCGGCUCGCAGGGAAGGCUGUCCCCGGGCAGGCUGUCCCCGGGGAGAGCCGUCAGCCCCGCCGCCAUGUCGGGGGGGCGCGGGGCUCCCCCAUGGCGCUGACGCGCGUUGCCAUGGCGACGGCCGGGCGGCGUUGGGGGGGUGGCGGGAUGACAACAAAUAUGGCGGAGAGGAGCAGGACGGCAGAGACGGCAGGCAGUGCCAUGGGAAGUGAUGAUAUCAUAGCAGGGAACGUGAGCAAGUACAUUGUUCUCCCAGCUGGUUACUGUGGACAGCCCAAAAAAGGACAUCUUAUAUUUGAUGCCUGUUUUGAAAGUGGGAACCUUGGCCGGGUGGACCAUGUCACAGAGUUUGAGUAUGACCUCUUCAUCAGGCCAGACACCUGCAACCCACGCUUCCGAGUCUGGUUCAACUUCACUGUGGAAAACGUGAAGGAAUCACAGAGAGUAAUUUUCAAUGUUGUCAACUUCAGUAAAACAAAAAGCCUCUACAGAGAUGGGAUGGCUCCAAUGGUGAAAUCCACAAGCCGACCAAAAUGGCAAAGAAUCCCCUCCAAAAACGUGUAUUACUACCGCUGCCCAGACCACAGGAAGAACUAUGUCAUGUCCUUUGCUUUCUGCUUCGACCGAGAGGAUGACACUUACCAGUUUGCCUACUGCUACCCCUACACCUACACUCGCCUUCAGCACUACCUGGACAACCUCCAGAGGAGGAACAUGGACUACUUCUGCAGGGAAUUGCUGGGGCUCAGCGUGCAGAAACGGCGGCUUGACCUCCUGACAAUAACCAGCCCUGCAAACCUGCGUCCAGGGGCUGAACAGAAAGUGGUGUUCAUCACAGCACGGGUCCAUCCUGGGGAAACACCCUCUUCCUUCGUCUGCCAAGGUAUAAUUGAUUUCCUUGUGAGCCACCAUCCAAUUGCAAAAGUACUGAGAGACCACCUGGUGUUCAAGAUUGCUCCCAUGCUCAAUCCUGAUGGAGUUUACCUAGGAAAUUACAGGUGCUCCCUGCUGGGGUUUGAUCUGAACCGGCACUGGGCCAAUCCCUCUCCGUGGGCUCACCCCACCCUGCACGGAGUGAAGGAGCUCAUCAUCGACAUGUACAACAACCCGAAGAUUAACCUGGAGUUCUAUAUCGACAUCCAUGCCCACUCCACCAUGAUGAAUGGCUUCAUGUAUGGGAACAUCUUUGAGGAUGAGGAAAGAUUUCAGAGACAGGCUGUUUUUCCCAAGCUACUCUGUCAGAAUGCUGAAGACUUCUCUUAUUCCAGCACGUCGUUCAACAGGGAUGCUGUGAAAGCUGGGACGGGCCGGCGCUUCCUUGGAGGGCUCCUAAAUGACACAUCCUACUGCUACACUCUGGAGGUCUCCUUCUACAGCUACAUCCUGGCUGGAGCUGCUCCUGCUGUGCCCUACACUGAGGAAGCCUAUAUGAAGCUUGGAAGAAAUGUGGCCAGGACAUUCUUGGAUUACUACAGGCUGAACUCCUUGGUGGAGGGACCACUAGCACCUACUCCUAAAACUCGGAAGGACAACGUGCCACCCUACAAAUGCACUGCCCAGCGGGGCCCCGGGAACAGCCACGCUGGAGGCAAACCCGAGAAGAGGAGCCAGGCGCAUCUGAAGGACUCGUCUGUUCGCACACGCUGAGAGAGGAGAGGAGAGGAGAGGAGAGGA